AUGAUAGGUUAAUAGAUACUUUGUUAUGUAAAAAAUAUAAAUGAUAAGGUUUGGGGACAUCAAUAAUAUCAUAUUUAGAAGGUGGCUAAUAAAAGCAGCUAUUCUUUUGAACCUAUAUAUUGCUUCAAUUAUUUUAUAAAGUAUUCUUAUCAACAAAAUGAUUAAAGGGUUGAUGAUUAUGAAAACACAAAUCAAAAGAAUUUAAGUAUUUAAAAAAUAACAUUCAAGAAUUGUUAAAGUUAAUUAUAAAUUGAAUUAAGAGAAUACUUCUAAAAUUCUAUAACUAAAUUCAAUAUUCUUGUCUUUAUAAUAAAAUAAUGA